UGCUCCUAUAUAGUAUCAAUAAAAAAAGUCGAGAAUAACAUACCGAAGACCAUAGCAACGGUCCAUUCACUAUUGGGGACGCUUCACGAGGGGCGGUAUGCGGCAAAGGGAUCCGCAUCCGCACCACUAGACGCAAGUACAGGAAUGAUUCAUGGAAAACGAACUGAGUCCUGGGAUCGAUGUAUCGCUUUACAGCCAACUCUUGCGAGCCAGAACAUCCGAAGUCGAUUUACCCAAAGUGGGUACAGAUGCCGAUACAGGACUGAUCAUCCAGGUUCAGUGCACCAAUUCCCAGCACAGUCACUCUCCAACAUCACAUCGGUAGCGGAUCUCUAUCGAGACUCACAGCAACGGAUGCUGGUACCGUGCUGA